GCGUUAUCGUUAUCGACUCAUAAGUUUUCCACAAAUCGCUAUUUUAUUGUUUAUUGUUAAGGAUCGUAAUUAAUUAAUUAAUUAAUGGGUGUCUGUGGUUGCUGUCGUUGCAGUGCUUAGCAACAUACCCAAUCUAUAUGCAGCUCCUGCACUAUAGCUCACACCCAAUCCACAAAUAGAAUGUGAGAAGAUGCGCAUGCGCGGCCGCAGAUUGCUUCCAAUUGUAUUAUCACUGCUGAUCAUAAUUCUAUUGUGCAUCAGCUAUUUCUCGAAUCAUUUGCAUGAGAGUUCAUCGUCUUCCUCAUCCUCCGAAGAGAGUGAUGAGUUUCUGGUCCAUCUACCAGAUGGUGAGAGCGAGGCGACAACAGUUGCAAAUGGACCACAGGCAGGUCCUUUGCUGAAUCUCACCGACUUUGCCUAUCUCCUGCCAAGUAAUGUGUGUCGCAGUGCUGACAAAGAGCUCUUGGCUGUUUUGAUUGUCACCUCCUAUGGGGGCCACGAUUCACUGCGUGCCGCCCACCGUCAGGCUAUUCCGCAAAGCAAAUUGGCUGAAAUGGGUCUGCAACGGAUCUUUCUACUGGCCGCUCUGCCGAAACGGGAGCGUUUCCUAACUCAGGCUCAGCUUGUUAGUGAGCAGACACGUUUUGGCGAUUUGUUGCAGGGUAACUUUAUUGAGGAUUAUCGCAAUCUCAGCUACAAGCAUGUGAUGGGUCUUCGGUGGGCCGCCACCGAAUGCGAGCGUCGAGCCAAGUUUAUUAUCAAACUGGACGAUGAUAUUAUUUAUGAUGUCUUUCAUCUACGACGGUAUCUGGAGUCUCUGGAGGUUAGCCAACCUACGUUGGCCACGUCGAAUACUCUUCUGGCCGGUUAUGUGCUGGACGCCAAGCCACCCAUACGCCUUCGAGCCAACAAGUGGUUUGUGACGCGCCAAGAGUAUCCGCAUGCCCUCUAUCCGGCCUAUCUAUCCGGUUGGCUGUAUAUCACCAAUGUGCCAACAGCCGCCCGACUUGUGGCCGAAGCCGAACGGUUGCCUAUAUUUUGGAUUGAUGACACCUGGUUGACAGGCGUGGUGCGACAACAAUUGGGCAUACCACUUAAACGGCACAACGAUUGGUUCUCACCGAAUUCAGAGAACUUGGACUGCUGUGUCCGGGAUCUGAAGAUGCAUAACUUUGAGUGUGAAUAUUCAGUGGGUCCUAAUGGUGCGGAUGCUAAAUUGCUUAUAGAAUUUCUACAUAAUGUGGAGAAAUGUUAUUUUGAUGAGUGCAUUAAACGGCCACCUGGUAAAUCCCUCAAACAGACUUGCGUGGCGGCUGUAAAGCAUCCAGUGCCGGAACACGGGGUCGCUCAAGUGAAAGCCCUUAAACUAAGAUGACCAAUGGACAAUGUUGGUUGACCAACAUACAAAAACUAAGCUCACCAAUUAGCUUACGAUUUUAUAGGUUUAAGUCGAAAAAAGUGUGCAACAAGUAAUUAGUUAUAGGAAACUUUGUUAUAGUGUCUAUCUAUCUAUAUACAUACAUACAUGUAUAUACAUAUUUGGAUGUGCAAGCUAGAAAGACACGAAACCAUAGAUUUUCCCAUGGUAGCAUCUUGUAUUGCUCCUUGAAGCAAUCCAUAAUCCUUAAGGAUCUUUGCUUCUGUAUGCCACAUAACAAUUGCUAGAGUCUAACUAAUAAACAAUUCCGUCCAAUUAAUGAGAUUUAAUUUAGUUAAUUAAAACCUAAGCCCAAUAAUGUGUAAUUAAUACAAUGACAUUCUCAUUUUUCUACAAUGUAUUGCUUUAAUAUAUUCAUUGUACGCCUAGUAUGGGAAUGUAUGCUUUUCCCUGACAGGAUAUUUAUUAAUAAAAAUAUGUAUAUUGCCGAAAGAA